AUGAAGGAUGGAGACCCAGCAUCGGAUUGGGGACACCUGACCUUCCAAGUACUGGAGUGUGUGAAGGAUGUGUUGGAAAGGGGCAACAUGGGGAGCACGUGUCUAAUCAAACCUGCACGCCUUGUGAACCGGCACUGGCACCGGUGGGCAACAGAUGCCGUCACCGCCCUCACCCUCUCCAAAGAACCGUUCAUGGCACGUGUGGUUGGCAAAUUCACGAGACUGCAGUGCCUGACCUUCGCCAGGGGUUUUAGAGGCAUCGGCGAGCAUGCCGUGGCCAGCCUGGCAAUUUUUGACCACCUUGUGGAUCUGGAUUAUCGAUGUUUGGACGUCAACGACAAGGUUCUGCCGCAUCUGGGCGCACUGACGGCACUCACGCGCCUCCGACUCUGUGGCUACUUCGCCGUCACAGACGAGGCGCUGCUGGCCCUGCGGCAACUCACCGGACUCAAGCAACUGGGCUUGAUGAACUUCUAUCAGAUCACCGACAAUGGCCUCAGCCAUGUGGGACAGCUGUCGGGCCUCAAGCACCUGACCAUUUCCGACGCCUGGGGAAUCACCGGCACGGGGCUGGCCCACUUGACCAAGCUCUCUUCCAUGACCUGGGUCCACUUUUCAAACUGCAAUGUCACAGACGAUGGCUUGCGCAAUGUGGGCAAGCUGACUGCCAUCCACCACCUGGCCCUCCCCGGCUGCACCAGGUUUUCGGACAGGGGCCUGGAGCACUUGCUGAGCCUGAGAUCUCUCACCCACCUAGAUUUGACAGACUGCGAGCACUUCACAGACGACGGCCUGCAGCACGUGGCCAAGCUGGCAGCCCUCAAGAGGGUGGUCCUGAUCAGGUGCCGCCAGAUCACGGAGGUGGGGGAGGCCCACAUGAGGGGGCUGGCUGCAGAGUGCGUGUGGGAGGCGGAGGACAGGAGCCAAAGGCCGCUGGCGGCUCCCAUGAAGCGGGGUUGGUGGUGGAGGCGCGUGAAGAGGAGCCGGAGGAGGAGGUAG